GAUUCAAAAUAGUCACUUAUAGCUGAGGAUAGCUGUGGACAGUGUAUAACACGGAUUUAUAGGUAUAGAAUUCAUAGUGAUUCCAAAUAUCCAUCAGAGUAGCUGGAGCCCCAGAAGGCUGUGUAAGAAAACCAUGAAAAGGUUAAGAUUGGUUACAGUUCUGAAGACUUAUUCUUCAGUAUAAUGUCGGAGCUGUACCGAGUGCUAGCUGCAGAUCUAAAGAAAAAAAUUAUUUAAGUUUCGUCACUCUAGUAAGGUACCAGGUACGUUUCUUGAAGAGCCAGCAUCACCUACAAACAUAGUCAUGUGCAGCAGCUACCGCCACUCCAAUGCGAGGAAGUGCAGUCGACAUGAUAGGAGGGACUCUUUGCUGGUGGGUGUACGUAUGAGAAAGUUCAAGCAUUACUUUUCGAGUCUGGUGAGCACGAAUAAGUGCUAUUACCAUCACAGCGGCCUGCGCACGACUGUGGGCAUUCGCAGGAAACGAUCUGAGGAAGAGGAAGUACGGGAAUCAAAUCGCUGAAGUCGAUGGCACAGAAGGAUCCUCGACCGCUAUCAUCCUGACUGCAUUUGUUCGGAACGAUGGUCCCGUUGUUCAGAAGCUGAAGAGCUGCCAGCAAAGUCUUGUUGACGAAGUCACUGCCUGAAAGGAAGGCAAUCCGGCGGAUGAGCUGCUGGAUGUUCACUUCUGGACAGUUGCAAGCCUUCCCAUCGGGACAAGGACAAGCUAGCGUCAGUUGUCCAUCGCAAGCUGGCAACUGCCACAACAAAACCACCAUCGCAGCAAUGGACCCGAGCACAAACGCCGAUACUCCUGCAGCUCCUUGUCUAGUCCUGACCAUUUUGAUGUGGAUCGUUCCCAUGCACGUCACAGCCACAAACAUUAGUGCACUGGGACGUUGAUCUCAUUAAAUGCGGAGAGAGGAGCGAAUCCCUCGACCGAUUACGGUCGAUAACUGAAUCACACAGACUCCGAGUCUUCAGUCUCGGGCUGAACAUGUAGCCAGUCACAGUGCUGUACAGUAGGAUCCACCAUCAUUGCGCAAAGCUGGAUCAGUGUACUGAUCCAGCACGGUAGUUUUCAUACUUCUGUAAAGGUCAAAUUCCU